UAUCGUAUAUCCUGAUAAAAACGUUUACAAAACACAAAGUUUUAAAAUGAACAACAAUCAUUCGAAUGUUACUCUUUUCAUCUAAUAUGGUUGUCGUGUAACACAACAUAAACACUUAAGACUGAGGCAGCAACAGUUAUACAAAUCGAAAAUGGAUACUAAUAUAGAACAAUAUCCACCAGUGAAUUGGGGCAAUGAAAAACUAGAAGAAGCACAGGACUCAGUUAAUGAUAAUCCUUGGGAUGUUGAAUCUUGGGCAAUAUUAUUGCGCGAAGCACAGACACGAUGGAUAAAUGAUGUACGAUCCUUCUUUGAAAAACUUGUUACAACCUUCCCAACUUCUGGUCGUUACUGGAAGUAUUAUAUUGAAAUGGAAAUGCGUGGUCGGAAUUUUGAAAAUGUUGAAAAGCUUUUUCAACGAUGCCUUGUGAAAGUACUGAAUAUUGAAUUAUGGAAACUUUACCUUGCUUAUGUGAAAGAAACUAAAGCACUGUUACCAACUUACAAAGAAAAAAUGGCUCAAGCUUAUGAUUUUGCCUUGGAGAAAAUUGGUAUGGAUAUACAUUCACAUAACAUUUGGCAAGAUUAUAUUACAUUUUUAAGUAGUGUUGAAGCUGUUGGUUCAUAUGCCGAAAACCAAAAGAUUACAGCAAUCCGAAAAGUGUAUCAACGUGGUGUUGUAAAUCCCAUGAUUAAUAUUGAAUUGCUAUGGAAAGAAUACUUGGCUUUUGAGCAGAGUAUUAAUAUUAUGAUUGCUGAUAAAAUGAUGAUAGAACGAAGUAGAGAUUAUAUGAAUGCUAGGAGAGUUACUAAAGAAUAUGAAGUAGUUAUAAGAGGAUUAAAUAAAAAUUAUCCUAGUGUACCACCAACUGGAAGCCUUGAUGAGAUGAAACAAGUAGAGCUGUGGAAAAAAUAUAUCACUUGGGAAAAAGCAAACCCUUUAAAUACUGAAGAUACUGCAUUAAUAACAAGACGAGUUAUGUUUGCUUUUGAUCAAGCCCUUUUAUGCAUGACUCAUCAUCCUGACUUUUGGUAUGAAGCUGCGCAAUUUUUAGAUGGAAGUUCUAAAAUCCUUUUAGAAAAAGGAGAUAUAUCAGCAGCUAAACAAUAUAGUGACGAAGCAGCUAAUGUUUAUGAAAGAGCCAUCGGUACUGUAUUAAAUACAAGUAUGUUAUUACGUUUUGCUUAUGCUGAUUUUGAAGAAGGGAGAAUGAAUUAUGAUAAAGUUCAUAGUAUUUACAAAAGUUAUCUAGAAAAUGAAAUUACUACUGAUCCAACGCUGACAUAUGUACAAUAUAUGAAAUUUGCUCGUCGUGCAGAAGGAAUUAAAUCUGCAAGAGCUGUUUUCAAAAAAGCUAGAGAAGACUCUAGAUCUAAAUAUCAUGUUUAUGUCUCAGCUGCUUUAAUGGAGUAUUAUUGUAGUAAAGAUAAGAAUAUUGCCUUUCGUAUUUUUGAACUCGGCUUAAAAAAAUAUUGUGAUAACCCUCAGUAUAUUAUUAGUUAUAUAGAUUAUCUUUCUCAUCUAAAUGAGGAUAAUAAUACAAGAGUAUUAUUUGAAAGAGUUUUAUCAAAUACAAGUUUAGAACCAGAAAAAUCUGUUGAAAUAUGGAAUCGGUUCCUUGAGUUUGAAUCAAACAUAGGUGAUUUAUCAAGCAUACUGAAAGUAGAAAAACGAAGGUCAGCUGUCCUUGGAAAGCUAGUCGAGUUUGAAGGCAAAGAAACUGCUCAACUUGUUGAUAGAUACAGAUUUUUAGAUCUUUUUCCGUGUACAAGUCCAGAGUUGAAAUCUGUUGGUUAUAACGAAGUUACCAUUACAUCCUCUAAGACCAUGCAUAAUUCUACUCAAAGGUCUGCUAUUAUUGAUGGGUUAGACGAUUUAGAUAAUCGACCUAAUGAAAAAAGACUGCCCUUGCCAGAUGUUUCUCAAAUGAUCCCUUAUAAACCUAAAUUGAAUGCUUUUCCAGGCGAACAUAUCGUACCAGGGGGAACUUUUCCACCACCACCUCCUGCUUGUCAAUUAAUGCAAGUACUACCACCUCCUGGUUGUUUUCAUGGCCCAUUUGUAUCUGUGGAAAUGCUUAUGGACAUUUUUCUCAGACUCAUUCUUCCUGACAAGGUACCAAUGCCAAAAGCUGAAAAUGGAUGUGAUGUCAAACUAUUUGAUACUGCUGUGUCCGUGCAAUGGGCCAAUGAAGAUACAACACAUGGUAGUUCUAGUAAGAAGAAGCGCAAAAUAGCAGGAUUGUCUGGCAAAGGUGAUGACAGUGAUGAUGAUAUAAAUCUAGUGCCACCUCAAUUUGAUAUUUAUCGUGCUAGACAACAAAAACGUGUGACAAAAUAAUCUUUUAAAAAUAUUAAAAAGAUUAUUUUUAACAAAUGUAAAUAGUUAUUUUAAUUAAAUAAUUAUUUUUACCAUAUACAUUAAGAAACUACACUAAAUGUGUAUGUAAUGUGUAAUAUACAUUGAAUUGGUAAAA